UUUUGUCUUUCCUGUUUCCCAAAGCCUUUCCUCCCGCGCAAGAAACAGCAAAGAGAAAAACCCACCGAUCGGUCGCACUGAUUCACACCGCCAUGGCGAACGACAAGUCGGUGAUGGCCGUGAUCAGAGCCGCGAGGCCGACCUUCCGCAACAACGAUGACAAGGUCGCCUUCGCCGUUCACGCCUCCUUCCUCGCCGCUGGCUACGUUCUCACCGCCGCUGGUCCCCCCGCCUUCUCCGAUUCCGCUCUCUCCUCGCCUUCUACGGAUGAAGUGGGCAUGGAACAAUGGAACGAGCUCGACGGCGAGUACGCAUUUGUCUAUAUAAACCCAGAAAAGGGCUCGAAGAAGGUGCUUGUUAAAUGCCUUGUAAUGAACGACAAGUUACUUGUGGAUGCUCUGGCUGAUGGGAGUUCUCAGCCCGUCCAUCUCGAAAUCGACGUUGGUGAAUAUGUUGGAGAGGAUGGGGGGAGCAAUUACUCCACACAGUUCAAGAAUUUGAAGAAUUUGGUGAAGAAUUUGGAUACUGAAGUUCUGUCAAAAUUAUAUGGGUCUGCAUCUUCCACAUCCGGUUCUUCAAGUAACCUUGAAAGUUCAGAAAGGAGUGAGAGAUCAACAACUGAGCCUGUUUCUGGACCUUCAGGCUUUUACACUGGACCUCCAGACCCUUACACUGAUCCUUCAGGAAUUGUAUAUCCUCCUAUCAUGCCUUAUGGUGGCAGUGAUCUUUUGCCUGGGCCUGGUGCUGGAAUCUACCCUUCAAGGGGUGGUGGCAGUGGAGGCAUGCUUCUUGGACCCCGUGACCCUCGUUGGUUUGGUGGCGUUGGAGAACCUGGGUUUGGCUUUGAUCCCUCUAGGCCAGAAGGUGUUCCACCAGGUGCCCGUUUUGAUCCCUAUGGGCCCCCAGGUGUUCCUGGUUUUGAGCGUAAUCGAUUUGCAAGGAAUCCGCGGAGGCCGGGAGGUGGCACUCAUCCAGAUCUGGAGCAUUUCGGGAGCGGCUCAGAUUUCAUUUAGGUAUGCUGUGCUAGACAUGUAGUUUGUCAUCAAAUAAGAAACUUGAGGACUACAAGGAGCUGACAGAGGAUCACUUUUUUGUUCUUGCUUUCUUGUUUGGCAUGCAAGUUGCUGUGUAAACUUUAACAUUGUAAAGGAGAUGUUUUCAUAAGAGUAUCAGAUGCUGUUUAUUUAAGAUCCCGAACGUCCUUUCGGUCAGCAA